ACUGGAAGCUGGUAACCCGAUGGAACGAAACAAAACAAAAAUAAUCUCUUUGCAAUCGACUGAUUUGCUUCUAGUGUUGUUCAACAAGCUAAACUUAUAAAUUACAGUAGUUUUAGGUAAUUUAAUAAUGUUUUUCGAAAAGAUUAGACAACUCACACUGUUGCUGGAAAGGCAGGAAUUGGAGGCGCCGAAUGGCAUUGUUUCGGUUCAGCUGUACUCGGAGCUCUUCGCUGCAUAUCUGUAUCAGAAUGAUCUCUCCAACGCCCGAUAUCUCUGGAAGCGGAUUCCACCGAGUGUGAAAACCGGUCACUCCGAACUGGAGCAAAUGUACAAAGUGUUCCAGUGCCAGUGGAAUAAUGACACGGCCGGAUUCUACAAGGCCAUAAACUACGACUGGUCCAAACAUGUGUCCGAGCUGAUGUUUGAGCUGAAGGAGAAAAUGCAACAGGAAACUGUGAAUCUGAUCGGCCGGGCUUACAGUUCGAUCUUUGAAAACGUACUCGCGGAAAUGACCAACCAAACGCCGGAUAUGAUCGACGAGUUGUGCAAGAACCUUAACUGGGAGAUUGUCGAAGGUCCGCGUCCCAGGUUGAUUCUGCCCAAACAUCCUCCAGUGGAUAAACCGUUGGUGGUCACGGCCGAAGACCAGCUGCAAAAGUUGACCGAUUUUGUGUCGUUUUUGGAAAAUUGAUUCGCUCACGGGGAUUUGAGGUUUUUGAAGUUUCAUUAUUCAUGUACAUUUCUUGAUUUGAAAUAAAGGAUUAUCAAUCUGAUAUAGGUAAAAACAUUGAACCAAAA